GGGUGAGCGGCAGCUGCGGCACCCUGGUUCUGAGUGCUACCUGAAAAGGAUAAAUGCAAAAAUGUCCUCAGGUGAGGAUUAAAAAAAGGUGAGCCCUAACACUAAGUUGUUCCACUAGUGACAUCCUGGAGAAGGUGAAGUCUGUCCCUGGUUUAAUCUACGAAUUUUUAAGACAAGAUCUGAUUAUCAUGGACCUGCGACAGUUUCUUAUGUGCCUGUCCCUGUGCACAGCUUUUGCCUUGAGCAAACCCACAGAAAAGAAGGACCGCGUACAUCAUGAGCCUCAGCUCAGUGACAAAGUUCACAAUGAUGCUCAGAGUUUUGAUUAUGACCAUGAUGCCUUCUUGGGUGCUGAAGAAGCAAAGACCUUUGAUCAGCUGACACCAGAAGAGAGCAAGGAGAGACUCGGAAUGAUUGUAGAUAAAAUAGACGCGGAUAAAGAUGGGUUUGUGACGGAGGGGGAGCUGAAAGCCUGGAUUAAGCACGCCCAGAAGAAAUACAUAUAUGACAAUGUUGAAAACCAAUGGCAGGCGUUUGAUAUGAAUCACGACGGCUUAAUCUCCUGGGAUGAGUACAGGAACGUGAUUUAUGGCACUGACCUGGAUGAUCCAGACCCUGAUGAUGGAUUUAACUAUAAACAGAUGAUGGUUAGAGAUGAACGGAGGUUUAAAAUGGCAGACAAGGAUGGAGACCUCAUUGCCACAAAGGAGGAAUUCACAGCUUUCCUGCACCCUGAGGAAUAUGACUACAUGAAAGACAUAGUAGUGCAGGAAACAAUGGAGGAUAUAGAUAAGAAUGCUGAUGGUUUCAUUGAUCUAGAAGAGUAUAUUGGUGACAUGUAUAGCCAUGAUGGAAAUGCUGAUGAACCAGAGUGGGUCAAGACAGAGAGAGAACAGUUUGUUGAGUUUCGAGAUAAGAACCGUGAUGGGAAAAUGGACAAGGAAGAGACCAAAGACUGGAUUCUUCCCUCAGACUAUGAUCAUGCUGAAGCAGAAGCCCGGCACCUAGUUUAUGAGUCAGACCAAAACAAGGAUGGCAAGCUUACCAAGGAGGAGAUUGUUGACAAGUACGAUUUAUUUGUGGGCAGCCAGGCCACAGAUUUUGGUGAGGCCUUAGUACGACAUGAUGAGUUCUGAGCUGCAGGCAGAGGAACCAUGUUUCUUCAAAAAUAAUUUAUUUUUACAGCUUCUGGUUUCACAUGAAAUUGUUUGCGCUACUGAGACUGUUAUUACAAACUUUUUAAGACGUGAAAAAACAUAACGAAAACCAUCCUGUCCCCAUUCCUUCUCCUUGCUGAGGGACUGGAGGGAAACUGUGCUUCUGAGGAACAACUAAUUAGUCCACUUGUGUUUGUAGAUUUCCACUUUGUAUUAUGUAUAACAUGGUGUUUAUUUUUGUAUUUGUUCUUUGGUUGGGAGUAUGAUGUCAAGGAUCAAGAUCCUCAACUCAUAGGCAAACAUUAGCCUUCACUCUUUCUCAACCCUUAUCAUGUAAUUUUUAUAAUUCUGACUUAACUAAUUUUUUAAGCCUGAGAUCAAUAAGAAAUGUUUGGAAGAGAAGAAAAAGAAAAAAUAUACCCCACAGUUUAUAUUUAGAAAGAUGAUAAUCUUGCCUAUUGGAAAGUAUAUUUCAUCAAUAGUAGGGGCCAUGUAUUUUAUUCCUUUGCUACAGGUUCAGCAACUAGCUCUGGCAUUAUCUGGGCAAGGACAGAUCCCUGUACUGUAAGAAAGCUUGGCUCAACUUGAUUCAUUCAUCCUUUUUCCCCCCCUUUAGGACUAGCUGUUUGCUAAUUUUGUCAAGCACAGCUGUGGUAGGAAGAGUUGGGGCCAGCGUCCUGAAAAUCAAGUAGUGAGUGUGAUCUUUUUAUAGAACUGGACAUAGAAACAGCUGGAAAACUGAAGGAAAAAUACAAGUGUUUUCAGGGCACACACUUUUUUUCUGGGUGUGCAUCUGUUGAAGUGUUCGAAACUCUUGCCUAUUGAAUCACUGUAAGGGCCCUAUUCUGCUCCUAUUUCCCCAGAUGUUCUGAGGAAUUAAUUUUGCUUUCACUGCGGUUAAAAUGUGCUUCUUUCCAAUCAUGUCAUUGAAAGUGCCUUUCAUGAGAGAAACGAUCACUGAAUGAGGACUCUCUUAAGAAACCCUAAGACAAAAUAAAGAGAAGAUUAUUUGGACCACCUUAUAUGUAAGCUUAGAGCCUCCCAGUAUAGUGUGGGAAUUUUUUUUUUUU